AAUGGACACAACAAAUGCUCCUUAAAUUAUUGAACAUCUCAAUAAAUCACUAAAUUUCACUCCUUUUGUUACAAGAUGGAUACCUGGAACUGCAAAAUUUGUAUUAUGUGGUUAACCACCUAAAGCAAAUGGAAUUAUUGAAAUAUUAUAAUUGAAUAAAACAGAACUGAAAACCUUAUCAUCAGUUAUAAAUUAAUAUAUCAUUAGAUAGAAUAACCUAAAGGUAUAAAAUGUGGAUAAUUUUUGGAUAAUUUAUUUGCAUUUGGUGAUUUUGAUGGAAAAUUAAAAGUCAUAGAUCUAGAAACUAAAAAAGUAAAAUUUAAAUAUAUAAAUAUUAGACAACAUUUGAAGUUAAAGCACAUGAUCAAAUAAUUAAUUCUAUUGAUACUUGUUUUAAUAUUGGAGCACCUGAAAUUGUAACUGGUUCAAGAGAUGGAUGUGUUAGAGUAUGGGAUCCAAGAUAAGCAGCCCCAGUUGUAUCAUUAGAACCUAUUGAAAAAGAUGUUAUACCAGAUGCUUGGAGUGUUGUAUUUGGUAAUUCAUAUAAUGAUGAACGUGUUAUUGCUUGUGGAUAUGAUAAUGGAGAUAUUAAACUUUUUGAUUUAAAAUAAAAUCAAUUGAUAUGGGAUACAAAUGUAAAAAAUGGUAUCUGUGGUAUAGAAUUUGAUAGAAAAGAUAUCUAAAUGAAUAAAUUAGUAGCAACUACUUUAGAAAGUAUUUUAUUUUUUUAUUUUUAGGCAAAAUUAAUGUUUUUGAUUUAAGAACAUUCAAUAAUGGAUUUGCUUCAUUAACACAUGAAGGUUAAAAAUCAACUAUUUGGGGAGUCAAACAUUUACCUUAGAAUAGAGAUUUAUUUGCAACUCAAGGAGGUGAUGGUGCUUUAAAUAUUUAUAAAUAUUCAUAUCCAUCUUAAAGAUAGAUAUAAGAUACUGAAGGAAAACCCAAGGGAGUUAUUGGAAAAUUAGAAUUACUUAAUAAAUAAGAUGUUUGUUAAUAACCAAUUUCAUCUUUAGAUUGGAAUACUGAUAAAUUGGGUAUAUAAAAAUAUAGAAUUUUUUAGGAUUGGCAUGUUUGUGUGGUUUGGAUUAAACUUGCAAAGUAGUUAUUGUUACCAAAUUAAAUUUAUUUUGA